UUUCUACUAUUUUUCUUCCAACUGUCUUGCAGUUUUGCUUCUUCAAGUUUUCUUCAAUCUUCAUUCGUCCCAUCGUUUUCGUUGUCGCUCGUACUCGUACUCGUCGCACUCGUAUUUUGAGUGUGAAAUUCGAACAAAAAAAAAUACUCUGUGGUAUUCUUUGCUUUUUGCAUUCAUUUUUGUUUUAAGUUAAAUAUUUUAAAAACAACGCCUCGAGAAAAGAAAAAGUCCAAAAAAUAAACUAAAAAACAAAAUAUUCUCUACUCAUCCUCUCUAUGUUGUUAUUUGAUUGCGCAAAUAUAAAAAGUAAAAAAACCCAAAUCCGGAUUGCAUUGCAAUUAAUAUUAUAUUGCGUGUGACCCUUUUCUUUUAUUUUUUGUCUCCAGUUGGAUUUACUUUUGAGACUCUCUGUGCAGUGUGUGUGCACCACUAUAGUGUGUGAAAACAAGUAAAAUUAAAAAGACAAAACGGGAUUGUAAAAAAAAGCAAGGCUAGGUACCUUUUACCUACUCAAAACAGUUAAAAUGAAUAAUUUAAAUUUCCUCCACAUAUUCACAACAAUAAUUAUUUUAUUAAUUUCAUUACUUUCCGAAGCUGGUCGCCCUCCACCAGCAAAAAAAAUAAACAAAUGUUGUCGCAUCGGAGAAUAUCUAGAUCGAACGAAAGUCUGCGUCGCUGGCAGCUCCAACACUUGGGUUCCACUCAUCUUUCUAAUCAAUCGUAGCGACUAUUACACUCCCAAAGGUGAAAGCCCCAAAUUCAUAACCUUCGAAGAGAAUACACGCCCGAAGGAUUGUCAAGAACAUCAAAUGAAAAUGAUUAUGGGAGGAGGUAAUAAUAUUAUUUUAUUUUCAAAUGGUUCAUUAUUUUUGAGAGAGAAGUCGACUUUUGUCGGAAUGGAUGAUUAUUGUGUUGACAGAGAAGUAGCUUUAGUUUGCUUCCGCCAUAUUCAAGCUGUCGAUUCACUGCUUGCUCCACAAAAGCCACUGACUAAAGUACGAAAAUGUUGCGGACCAAAUGCAGCAUACGAUAGCAAACAAAAAACUUGCAUCUAUCAGCAGAAUAUAAUACCGUCGACAACGACGACGAUGACAAACCAAGGAGAUAUAUUCAAUUCCACAGACAUUGACAUAAUCUUUGGAUUCCCCGAUUGUAAUAGUACAAAUUUUGCUAUUGUCAGUAGUUUCAAUUCGGAGUUAUUCGAUGUUGAAAGUGGGAAGCUUACAAUCGAAUCAGAAAAACAAAUAACAUCAGAUCAAUUUUGUUUGGAAUAUACUGUCGAUUCUCGAGAUGAUGCCGACAAGAUUCCUCCAAUUAUUGACAUCUUUACAUGUGCCCAUCAUAUUUCCUCAGAACAUGCAAUGUUGCGAAAUUCCAAUGAUGAGAUCCACUUUGCUGUCCUCUCAACGGGUUUGUUUAUAUCUGUCCUCUUUCUAGCUGCUGCUUUGGGUGCUGGCUUCCUAAUGCCAUCCGUCCAUUAUGUCCUGCAUUGGCAGUGUCAAAUAUAUUACAUCUUUUGCCUUUUAGUCGGUGAUUUACUCCUGGCUAUUAUACAAAUGUCGAGAGAUGCUUUAAGUGAAAGUGCCUGUACAAUUUUAGCUGUUUGUACACAUUUCUUCUUUUUGGCUGCAUUCUUUUGGUUGAAUACAAUGUGCUUUAAUAUUUGGUGGACAUUUAGAGAUUUUCGUCCAUCGUCGUUGGAAAAGAAUCAGGAGCUAUUUCGAUUGAGAUUGUUUCGGGUUUAUGCUUGGGGAUUGUCGUUUAUAAUUGCUGGAACUGCUGCGAUUCUAGAACGAACAUCGGAGGAGAAUGAUUUUUGGAAACCCGGUUUUGGGGCACAUUGUUGGUUUAAGGGUGAUUUGGAGAUGUUUGCAUACUUCUUUGGACCAAUUGGAAUAUUGCUAUGUGUUAAUUUGAUGUUAUUUGCAUCGACAGCGAGACAAUUGACCUGUGGGUUAUGGAAGAGAGAUGAUGUAAAAUCUAGUAGCGAAAGAACUGCUUUGGGUAAAGUUUGUCUUAAACUUGUCGUCGUUAUGGGUGUAACAUGGAUGGCUGAUAUAAUAUCGUGGAUUAUUGGAGGUCCCAAGUAUCUUUGGUAUUUCACAGACCUUAUUAAUGCAUUGCAAGGAGUAUUUAUUUUUAUUGUUGUUGGAUGUCAACCACAAGUUUGGGCUGCUGUUAAGCGUAUUUGGACUUCAAAGACUCGCCAGGAAGCAACAAAUACUACAAAUGCUGUACAACAUUCGAGUUCAUCGAAUGGAUUGCCAUCGAUUGGAGAUACAACAACAAAUAACACAGUGGCUUCGGAUAAUGCUACUAAGAUUCCAAUGGAAACUGUAUGUUAAGAAACGAGAGAGAGAGCUCUAUCUAGAUAAGCAAGUAUUUUUUUUUUAUUUUAUAAAAUAUGUAUCUUAUUCAAAAAUCCGCUGCCAAGAGUAUUGAAAUUAUAUUAAAAUAGAAAAACCUUUAUAUAAUAAGACUAAGUAUACAAAAUAAGUAUAGGCUUUAGAUGAAAAAUGACUUAAGUGUUCUUAAAAAAAAACAAAGGAAGAAGUUACUAAUUG